AUGGGUGUCACAGUUGUUCAGCCAUAUAUGGUGCCUGAAAAUAAAACCGGGACCUACGUUAUUGAAUUACUUACCAAGAGAAUACUAGCCCUAGGAGCAACGCAGCAAGGGCAGUUUUUAGUAGAUUGCGAAAGCUACUUAUCACAUCCUCAAAUGGGAACAACAAAAACUGUCCACAUACUCCACAAUUCCGAGCAGCCUGCCUCAGUUUUCUCAAUCCUAGAGAGCGGUACGAAAAACAUUCAUGUGAUAGCCGAUGGGUUAUUUGAUUUGCUGAUGAUGAAGCUUUCCCAACACUACACAUCGAAGAAACAGACAAAAAUUGAGAGCAAAGGUCCGAGGUUUGAACUUGGAGACUUCUGCGUCAAACUCGGUUCUGUGACAAUGAAUCAGAACUUUAAGGGUAUAUUAAUUGAGGUGGAAUAUCGGCCCUGUGUUAUGGCAAAUGCUGUAUGGGGUCUCCUUCGUGAAUUUCUUCAAGGCUUAUUAGGGCCAACAGUUCCUGUCCAGCCGCCGCAACAUUUAUUGAGCCGGAUGAACGAGAUAUAUACACCUAUAGACACUAUAUAUCAGUACUUAGAACAUUUUAGUGCCUACAGAAAGGGUCAGCUGAGAAGUGCU